UGUCGGCACUAUUUGAGACGAAGUUUUGGAGGUAAUAAGUUUUUAAGUAAUAAAUCAUCGUUUAUAACAUGGCUGAGGACAAGAAUCAAAACAUUGAAUUGACAGAUCACGAAGCAGAGUUGUAUGACAGACAAAUCCGUUUGUGGGGUUUAGAUUCACAGAAACGCUUACGAGCAGCCAAAGUAUUAUUAAUAGGCUUAAAUGGUUUUGGAGCAGAAGUAGCAAAAAAUAUUAUUCUGGCAGGUGUGGAAGCAGUUACAUUUUUAGAUCAUAGAAAUGUAACAGUUGAGGAUCGGUGCUCUCAAUUUUUAACACCUAGAGAUACAUUAGGAAAAAAUAGGGCCGAAGCAUCUUUACAAAGAGCCAAAAAUUUAAAUCAUAUGGUUAAUAUUGAAGCUGACACAUCUAAGGUAGAGGAUAAGCCAGAUGCAUAUUUCUGUAAUUUUGAUGUUGUUUGUGCAUCAGAAUGUACCAUUACACAAAUGAAGAGAAUUAACAAAAUAUGUAGAAAGCAUAAUGUGAAAUUCUUUGCUGGUGAUGUAUGGGGAACUUUUGGCUAUACUUUUGCUGAUUUAAAAGUCCAUGAAUAUGCAGAAGACAUAGUACAAACCAAAAAGAUACAACUCUCAGAGAGCGGUGAGCCAAUGGACAAAGAGAAGUUUGAAAAUAUAACUGUGACAGAGAAACGUAAAGAUAUAUUUGUGCCUUUUGAAUCAAUUUUAAAUGUCCCAAAGACUUCCAUUCCUAAAGAAUCAGAAAUGUAUUAUAUGAUGUUAAUAAUGCUCAAUUAUCGUGAAAAAUACAACAAAGAUCCAUCACCCAGCGAAAGAGGUUCCGAGAAUUUCAUAGCAGAGGCUACAGAAAUCAUAAAAAAAUACGAUCUCGGAGAUAAACUAAAUCCUUUCGUUGAGGGUGACGUAUACGCACAAGUCAGCCCAGCAUGCGCUAUCGUCGGCGGUAUUAUGGGCCAAGAAAUAAUUAAAGCGGUCUCACAAAAGGGCGCUGUGAAUAAUAAUUUAUUUAUCUUCAACCCAGACACAUUGUGUGGAAAGAUUUUGAAACUGGGUCAGUAACGUUAACUUUACGCGACGGUAUGUUUGAACGUUUCUGUCUACUGUGGUCGUCAUAAUUGUUGUUUUCACCAUUUUUCAUUCCAUGUUUUUGCUACAAAACUUUAAUAAAUGUGUGUCCAUGAAAAAAACACAACCGAUAUAA